AUGGAUAUCGCAGACUUUACAGAGCCUUUGACCCGAGUCACUAUAUACUGUUCUCGAUGCCGAACAGCUCUAUAUAUGUCCACCAAUCUGUGGAAUAGGAUUGAUGAAGGUUAUAUCACCCCCGUUGCCUCCCCUAAAUUCGGCGUGAGCACCUGCGUCGCUCAAGGAGGUUUCCCGACAAUCCUACUUAGAGGUCCUAUACGAUUUGGAAGGGGAUACACAGUACUCGCGAACUGCCACCUACAGGAUAUAUCAUGCUUCGGUUGCCGGGCGGUAAUUGGGUUCGGCUGUCUACAAGCACCGGAACGUCAUGUUCUGAAAGAUGGUCAACUGUUCUUCCGGCCUUCCUCAAUUAUGCUCAUCCAGGCGGAUGGCUAUGAUACCAAUCCAUACACUGGUAUGAUCGUUGGGCCUAUCAUCCAAAAGACGCUCAGUAUGGAAGAACCUCCACAUGCUUAUCACGAUACUCCAACCACGCCUUCGUCCUCCGGGAGAAGUACGCACGCUGGCAUGAGCAAUGGGGACAAUUCGACGAUACAAGGCCAAGUUCCUAACCAUCUACAAGCUCAGAUCGAUGCUUCAAGAGAAGAAAUCCAGAGGCUUAACCGCUCAAGUAAUCCAAAUGCCAGCUCCAGCCCCAGCUCCAGUGGUAUCGCGACGCCGCGUGCCCAAGAUGAGGUCCGAGAUACGGUCGUACAAGAUGAGAUCGCACAGCUAAAGAAGGAUGUUGGUGAGUUGAAAGAUUUGGUGGUGGAGAAGUCUUCCAGGGAUGCCGCUACACAGGAUAGCAUUACCUCACUAAGAAAUGAGUUCAGUGAAAUAAGCCUGACAUCCGCCCGUAUUGAGCAAGAGCUUUUUUCCGCGAGGCAAGUAAACGCAUGUAUACUCUCAGCUCUAAGCACCAGCCGCCAUGGGUCGACGUCAACCACAGAGCAACCACCACAGCAAGGCCUUGGGCGCGCGGGGGAAAGGCCGAAUGGAACUAAUGGGGUCGUGAACGGAGAUGUCUCGACAGCGAAGGCUUGGGCCGAGGAAAUAUCCUUGCUACGAGCGGAGAUAAACGGCAUCAAGGAAGAACUGGCUCAAAAGCGAUCCCAGGAGUCUCUACCUGAAGACGCGGGCUCACCAGCAGAACUCACUAAUGGAAGUACUCAGCAUUGA